AGCUUGAUCAACAUGAUACAAUUGACGCAUCUAACGGAAGCAUCCAUGGACCCCGCUCCUCAGACCCCACUCGCUUCUGAAACAAAGUAUAUAUCAUUAUAAGAUCCGAACCGUACUAAUUGAUUCCAUUGAUAUCGCCAGCUUCAAGACCAGACUGAUUUUUUGCUGAAAGUAGUACCUAGAUGUGAAUGAGAAUGAGUACGCACGACCAUCAUAUCAGUCACCUCUAGCUUGUUGUUGUUUGUUGAGCAGCCUUCAUUGCUUCGGUUUGCUUUAAUAAAUAUACUUUAGUUGUUCGAGGUCAUCUACUUCUCGUCUUCGAAAAAUAGAAGAUGGCGACCGCUGGUGAUCAGUAUGAGAUCCGGACGGGGAAUAUCUGGAACUUCGCCCAUAGGGAUGACAUAAAGACUGUAAAGAAAUUAGUCGGUAAUUUCACGAAAGCAGCAUCAGCGACGCCGACAGAAACCGAACAAGUAGUCCAAGAAGUCCAAGACGUGAGGAUAGACAACAUGGCAGCAUCAGGUUCAGGAGGAAAGCAAGAUUAUGACGGGGUUUAUGAGGAACCCGAGGUCGACCUCACUCCACAAGAUGUAAAAAUAGACAGGGACGAUGGCGCGGACGAUGGUAUCCAUGAUGACGGUAUUCCUUGUGUCGUUGUCGAAAGAGAAGAUGAUGAACAAAUAGUAGAGGAUGAUGCUCCCGCUCAACAUGGUCCCGAAGAACCUAAAGCCACAACGCUCGCUGAUGAGAAGCAAGGAGUAGCUGAGUCCUCGCCAUACGGAGGGGCGACAGCUGCAUGUAAAAACUUGUCUAAUACCGCAUCACGGAAGGGUACUAGCGGUCAGCACUUCGAUAUGCACAUCUCGCCGACCCUCCAGAACAAGGUCGGUUGGACGCCUCUGCACGCCGCUGCACAUGGAGGAGCGACGCGAGUUCUAUCGUUUCUGCUUUUCGCAUGUCGCGUCGAAGUCGAUUCACCUGUAUGCAAUGCAGGCCGCAGCGCUCUGAUGGAUGCGGCGCGUACUGGACAGUUUCAGGCGGCAAAGAUGCUGCUAAAAGCAAAGGCUGACCCGUCUUUACAGGAUAAGCAGGGCAGAACAGCGCUGCAGCAUGCAUUGAAAAAUCGAGCGCUUCGGGACUUGCUUGCUGACAAGAUGACGCAAAGAAAUCCUGGUCCUACUAGGCCUUUGAAGGAAAUGAAAAACUCCAAUGCUGCAUCUACUUCUCCAAGCGGGGACAAGAAAGUAUUUUCACCAUGCAGCCGAGAAAAAGCAAAACAGGGAUUUUCAUGUGAAGGAACCGCGGUUGGUGGUGGAGAUGAUGGGGACCAAGGAAAAAGAGUUAAUCAAAAUAAGAAGAAUCCGCCACUACGUGGACGGAAGAAGAAAUUCGGAAGAAAUGUGCAGAGUUCCGAUGACGAUGAUGUGGCGUAA